AUGUCUUCUUAAGAUGAAGAAUUACUAGAAUUGCAUUCAAGAUAUGACAAUCUUUAUAAACUCAAUCAAAAUAUAGGCUUCGAAAAUUAGAAAUUACAAAAUGAAAUUCAAACAUUGAAGUAGACUUUGUGUUCAUUUGAAACAGAAAAUAAUGAAUUAAAUGAUCAAAUUGAAAAUCUCAAGAAUGAUCUCAGAACAUAAUUUGCUAUAAGUCAGAAUUUAAGAUAAGAAAAUGAAUUCUUUGAAAAUUAAAUACAUGAAUGCAAAAAACAAAUUGAAUCUGCUGCAUCGUAUUACAACUAAAUAAUCGAAGAAAACGAUCUUCAUAUAUCACAAAUGCAACAUAAAAUUUAAUAGAAUGAAUACCUAACAUAGGAGAAUCAUUUGUAUAAAGAACAGAUUCAUUCAUUGCAAGAAGAUAAUGAAUAAUUAGCUUAAGAGGUAGCCAACUUAUAAGAAUCACUUAAUAAUCAUGAUCCAUAUACUUAGGAUGGUAAACAGCUGUAGAAUUCAGAUCAAAACAAACAUGUCAAAAAAUAAAACAGAAAGAAAGUUAAGGAAUUGGAGAGAUUAAUCAUUAAAAAAGAAUAAGAAAUAAGUUAAUUAUAUUCUAAAAUAGAGGAUCUAAAGAAUUAUAAUUAAUAAAUGAAAUAUUAGUCAGAAAAAUAUGAACAAAAUCUUUCUUACUUAUAUAGCGAUUAUUAAUAAAUUGAAAUAGAAAGAAAUAAAUUGGCAUCUAAAAUUGAUUCAAUUUAAAAUUCUAAUGAAAGAUUUUCUACUCUCUAACAAUAAUUCUCUAAUUCUGAGAAAAAUAAGAACAAAGAGUUUUAAUCAAUGAAAGUUCAAUUUGAUUAAUUGCAAAUGAAAAAUCUACAAUAUCAAUAAUAGAUUUAAGCUAUAAAUGAAGAAUUAACUAUUCUCACAUAAAAGUAUUCUGAAUUAGAAGAAUUGAACAACUAAUAUUUGCAAGAAGCUGAAAAUUUCAAAGAUUAAUUACUUGAAAAGGACUCUCUUACAGAUAAAUUAUAAUCGCAAUUACAAUAGUAGUAGUUUAAGGAUAUAUAAUUUUAAUAGCAAAUCAAAGAGUUUAAUUAAUAAUUAAAGGAAUUAUAAUAACAUAAGUCUGAUUAAUAGGCUUAAAUUGCUUAAUUGUUAAAGGAAAAUUAAAUAUAAGCUAAUCAAUUAAGUUAGGUUAAGGAUCUAUAAUCUAAAGAAUUGAAAGAUACUUUAAAUUAAGUAGAGUCAUUGAAAAAGGAAAGAUAAAAUCUCAUCGAUCUUAUUAAAAUUAAGGAUGAUAAAUAUAUGGAUUUGGAAAUGAAAUAGAAGAAUUCAGAAAAUUUGAUUAAAUAGAUAUAAGAAGAGAGAAUUUAUUUAGAAUAAGCAGAAUAGUAUAAUAUUAAAAUAAUGUAGAUCCUUUGA